CCCCUUGACUCCCGACUACGCUUGUCCCAUCUGGCUUGCCGUCUUCGCAGCCAUGGCGGCCGCCGCGCUGCACGCGUGGUUGGCUCUGCAGCCGGGGGCCAGGACCCUGCGUGCCUUUUGUACCUCCGUGUCUCCGGCCUCCCGCCGUGCGAUACGAAGCCCGCGUACAGCAGACAGAACAUCCAGAUACGAAAGACCACUGAGAAGAAAGGCACUACCUCCUAGGACAGAGAAAAUGGCUGUUGACCAAGACUGGCCUAGUGUUUAUCCUGUUGCAGCACCAUUUAAACCCUCUGCUGUACCUCUUCCCAUUCGAAUGGGUUACCGAGUAAAAAGGGGGGUGCCCAUGGCAAAGGAGGGAAAUCUAGAACUUUUAAAGAUCCCCAAUUUUCUGCAUUUAACUCCUGUAGCAAUUAAAAAGCACUGUGAAGCUCUUAAAGAUUUCUGCACUGAGUGGCCAGCUGCACUGGACAGUGAUGAGAAAUGCGAGAAGCAUUUUCCCAUUGAAAUUGACACAAUGGAUUAUGUUUCAGCAGGACCAUCUAUUAGAAACCCCAGAGCCCGAGUAGUAACCUUAAGGGUUAAACUUUCCAGUUUGAAUUUAGAUGAUCAUGCAAAGAAGAAACUUAUUAAACUUGUGGGAGAGCGAUACUGCAAGACUACAGAUAUACUUACCAUCAGAACGGACAGGUGCCCUUUAAAGAGACAGAAUUAUGAUUAUGCAAUGUAUCUGCUAACAGUUUUAUACCAUGAGUCUUGGAAAACUGAAGAAUGGGAGAAAGAUAAGACUGAAGCAGACAUGGAAGAGUAUGUAUGGAACAAUAGCUCCUCUGAAAAAAAUAUCCUGGAAACACUUCUGCAAAUGAAGGCUGCUGAGAAAAAUCUGGAAGUAAAUAAAGAAGAGCUCCUUGGUACAAAAGAAGUUGAAGAGUACAAAAAGUCUGUUGUUAGUCUUAAGAACGAGGGGGACAAUGAAAAUACCCUUUCUCGGUACAAAGAAUCAGUGAAGAAACUAUUAAAUCUAAUGUGAUUUAUUUAGAAAAAUUGCCUUGAUUUGUUAAUUUUGUGAUUUAUCUAUAAUCAUGAUCUCAUUUUAUAUAAAUUUGAAAAUGCUAAAAAAUA